GAUCAUUCACGUCCUGCUCUGCCUAGCGUUCGAGACGUUCACGUACUGUGUGCUGUGCUUUAACCUACUCCGGACCUACCUGCACCAGAGCGAGGUGCAACGGCAGAUGCUCCAGCGGUUGCAGUGACGAUGACACACUCCCUACCAGAAACAACGCGUGUGCCAUGGUGGACAAACCGACUGGACGAACCAGUGCAGCAAAGUGAAAAAGGAAAAUUUGGAAAAUCAAAAACACCGACACGACAACAUCGACCGCGCGUGUGUGCUUGUGUGCGACAGACAACACAGAAGAAGAUGAUGUCGACGAAAAGCGAAUACAAUCAGCAGUGACACCCCACCAGACCGUCAGUGGUCGGUGGAUUAAAGUGAAAUCAAUCAAGGACCCCUAAUCCUCUCCCCACCCCCCGUAAAAGAUCAAUCCUCUCGUUCGGUGAAGAUGAUGAAACGGAACUAUGACGUGCAGCAGGUGGCGUCCACCUUCGAUGGCGGCAAACGCCACCAUCACUCCGGCUCCUCCACCAAUCUGUUCGACAAGAUCACGAAGCGCUACUCGGGCGUGAUCGGAGCACGGUUUUUGCGUAAAAAUCCGGGCCGUAAGGGCGGUGUGGCGGAACCGCUGUCCGAUAGCUACGAUAUGUGCGGUAACCGUUCGGACGAUUUUCGACCGGAGAUCGGUGCACCGGUGCUGAUCUCCAAGACGAUGAAGUUCGACUUCGAUACGGACUCGUCGAUCGAGCAACUGCCUCUACCGAGACCACCACCGGGACCGAUAUCCGGGACGGGGCGAGGACGUUCCGUCGCGACACCGUCCACCUCGGGCGACAGUGACGUGUACGUGGAUGCGAACAGUUCGUUGCCAAACUUUGGUGACAUAAAGUUCACCUUUCUGCCCGAACGGAACAACAAUUGUGCCGCAUUUCGGAACGAGAACGUUCAGCAGGAGCUUCGGGAACACAGGGAACAGGAAGGUGGUACGAAUUUGGCACGAAUGCUGGAGAAGAACCGUUCCAAGUCGGCCCACAAUCUGCACCGUGAUCUGUACCGUGAUCAGCAGCGGUUGGCGUUGGUGAAGGCACCGUCCCUCAAUCUGUCCGCACCGGUCACUACUUGCCACUCGUCUCCGGGGGCUGCCAGUGUUCAGCCAACGGUGAUACAAACGGUGGUACGAGUGGUGAAUGGUAGCGGGGCCAGAUGUACCUCGGCCUCCGUUCCAAACAGUCCGGCCGUCGAGAGUAUCUACGAUUUUCCGCGCAGUACACGAUCGGACGGGAUCCGGAAGCUGCACGGUGAGUCUCAGUAUGAUCUGACCCGGUCGCACCAUGUGCUGAACGAGAUCAAUCUGUCGCUGGUGAGUGCCACCGAUGAUGGCGGAGAGGUGCAUAACCUCUACCAGAACCUGCCAAGCCCGGACCGGUACGAUGUGCCGAGUAGCCUUGAUCGAAGCUUCCCAACUGCCCGCCGGAGUAGCGUUGCGUCGGAUCAAUCGACACAAGAGGAAGAGUUCGAUAUGAAAUCCGCCAGCUUCCAGAGCCUGGCCGAUGCGACCGGUUCCGGUGGCCAGCUGGUGGUUUCGAUGGAAGAGCUGAACGAGUUGACGCGCCAAAUCAACGAAGCGAUCAGUACACUCGGUGACGGUGAUUCCGGGCUACCGAUCGCGACGCUACCGGACAGUGACGAGUACUGUGAGCAUCGGCAGCAACUGCACCCUUCCGAGCGUCGGUUGACGCUGAUGAAGAACCGGAGCGUAUCGAGUGGGAAGCACUUGCUUGAUUUUGAGCGACGGAAGGCAAAGAUUACGAAAAAGUGGAGCGGAUUUAAGAGCUGGAUCGGUGAAGAGCAGGGCCGCAUACGGGAGGUGGUGCACAAGCAUGCGGCCCUGCAGCGGGUUGGCAGUGAGCCAGCGGCGGACCCAAGUGCCAAAGCGGUCAAGCGUCAGAACAGUGACCUCACGACGACGACGAUCAGUGACCAGAGUUCCGGGCGCACCAGCGUGGACCAUGAGCAGACGAUGGCGACGGUUUCGGAGUCGAGCGGUGGAGGAGGCGAGCGCCACGAGCGUUCCAGAACGUCCGAGGAUCGCUCCGAGGAUCGCAGCAAAACGAUCCGCCGGAAGAGUGCCAACGCGGAAAUUCUUGAGGGUCAAAAUGGGUUCGAGGAAGUUCGUCGCUACGUGAAGCAGGGCGGUGACUUCGGGAAGGAUCUGGUCGCCAUCUUGCACGAGCGAAGUGAGCUCGAGCAGCUGUACGCCAAAUCACUCUCAAAGAUCGCCAACAAGCUGAACAAAGCAUGCCGUGAUCUACCGGGUACGAUCGCCGAUUCGUGGCGUGCCGUUUCAACGGAACUCGAGGGUCGCAGUGAGGUGCACCGUCAGUUCUCCAACUCGCUGGCGGAGGAGAUCGUGAAACCGCUGAAGACGGUCAUCGACAAUCAGCACAAGGCACGGAAAACGAUCGAAACCAAUGUGGACAAGUCGGCGCGCAUCCUGGCCGAGUGGCGGACGGCGGAGGUGAAGGCGAAGAAGAACUCGCACGGUGCGGCCCGGGAAAACGAGAAACUGCAGGAUGCGAUGCUGGAUGUGAAACUCCAACGAACGCCCUCGAUCGGUUUGCUACACAAGGCGAACGAAAAAGACGCCAAAGUAUCGGAGAAAGACAGCACCAAGCUGGAAACCAAACGGAAAAAGGCAGAAGAGGCAGUGAAGAAGGCGGACGUCGAAUACUACACGCUCUGCAUCCGGGCGGAACGUGCCCGCGUCGAUUGGGAAAUGUCGGUCCUGCGCGGUUCCUCGAUGCUUCAGACACUCGAAAGUCAACGGUUGAACCAGUUCAAAACCUACGUCUCGGACUACCUUAAGCUGUCGGCUGAAAUGAGCCCGCUACUAACGAAAACGAUCGAUCGGUUCGCGCCCCAGGUGGCACUGUGCAGUGUGGCCAAGGAUCUGGACGUUCUGAAGAACAUACGCCGUGCCACGGAAGGCCCAAGCGAGCAGCUGUUACCGGAUUUCUACUGCGAACAUACGACGCUCGCGAUGAACCGGGAGCGCCGCAAGCAAUCGCUGGUCAAACUGUUGCAACUGAUCCGCCAAGAUCUGGACCGGGAGCGACGAUCACGCAACGGGCUGAAGGGUUUCUCCCAAACGCUCGACAAAACUGGCGAAAGCAACCAGAACAUUGCCGACAAGCUGUACCACAUAAGAUCAAUGCUCACGUAUUUAGAGGGUGCACGGUAUAAGCUACAAUCGGCACUCCUAGAGCUGGACCAUAAACCACGCUCGAGCCAUCCCCUUGCCCAGCACAUUCAGAUAACACGUGAUCGGACGGGACUGCAGACGAGCGUGUUGAAGGUGCCGCUUUGGUUAAAGCACGAACAGGACGAUGAAACGGGAACCGCACAAAGCAACGGUACCGUGGCGUGCGAUGACGAAACGGAAUCGCCAGCGACAAACUGUUUGGACAUUAAGAAUGAUACACUUAUCAAGCAGAUUGUGCACAAGUACGCCCGAAACAAUGGCACCACCAAUGUUGACAGUCAAGAGCAUUAUACCAUCAGCAAGGCAGGCAAAUCGACGCUCCAUGAUGAAAACAGUCCGGCGUGGGAUCGCGGCGUGGCUGAUGGAGUGUCCAACCAGCCGGACUCAGACUUUGAUGAAUUUUCAUCACAAGACGAAGACGAGGAUCGGUGCUCGGUGGCACCGAAGCAACAUCACGAGCACAACGGUGGUGGUGGCCACACGACGACGGUAGUGAUCAACGGUGGUCUAAAUGGGACCGAUCACAGCACGGACACGGUCGGGACCACCAAUGGAACGGCAGCAUCAGUGCCAACCGUCAUUCUUGGCCGCUGCCGGGCACUAUUUAACUACACACCAAAGCUUUACGACGAGCUGGAGCUACAGCCCGGCGACAUACUGGAGGUGCACAUCAAGCAGGAAGAUGGCUGGUGGCUCGGUGCACUGCGGGGCCAGAUUGGCAUCUUUCCGGCGACCUACGUCGAGGAGAUACCGUGACCGGUUCGGGACGACUCUGUACCAUACGAAGAGUACCAGGAUCAUCAUGCAUCUCUGCUCUGCCGGUGUGUGCUGUACAUAGAAGUGAAAUAGUGGCCGUGGAGUCUGCUGCCGUGCACCGUCGGUUGUAAUCUCUUGAAAUUCUCGAAAAGCGACCGGAAGCUAAAUCCAUGGGACUGCUGCGCACAAACCUAGAGACCAAAACGGAAUAAGUGUUCAUAUGUGAGAUCGAGGACGUAUUUGUCGUGGCAGCUCGUAACUCUUACCCCAAAGUGUAUAUUGAAGUGAAUGGCGAUGGCGUGGAUGGAUGAUUGCAGCCUGUACAUAAGUGGCCGCGUGGUUGUGUAAUAUCAGACUAACUGUUACGAUGUCGUCGAGCGAAAGAUGUUUUUGUUUUGGAAAACCUGUUAUUGUAGAAAGCGAAAGAAUAAAGAUAUUUGUGUAUUUAAACCAUGAA